ACACGGCGCGCUGAAGGCCCAGAGUGUGGCGUAUAAUUGAGUCGCCGGGUUGCGGUGAUAUUUUGGGUCAAUUCGGACGACAGCCAACAUGACCCUGAGGCUGAUUCGGCUCCUGGUUCCGGUGGGAUCGGCCGCGGGGACCUUCGUUCAGAAGGCGGGGGUUCAUACGAGCUCGGUGAGGAGUCUGCGGUACGGCUGGUGGGCCUACGUUCUGGGGGAGAGGACCAGUCCACGGUUAAAGGAAUACAGCAAAAUCAUCACUGUGGAUGGAAACCUGGCGUCGGGGAAAGGAGCGCUGGCCCAGGAGCUGGCUAACAAACUGGGGAUGCUCUACCUGCCCGAAGCGGACACCUUCUACCUGGACAAGAUGACCGGGGAGAAGGAGCCCCUUUCUGUCGACUUCAACGGGAUGUGCAGCCUGGAGAAGUUCUACUUGGACCCGAAAGCAGCAGAUGGGAACAGCUACAGACUGCAGUUGUGGAUGUACACCAUGAGGCUGCUGCAGUACUCCGACGCCAUCGAACACCUGCUCACCACAGGCCAGGGUGUGGUCCUGGAGCGCUCCCCCUUCAGCGACAUGGUCUUCCUGGAGGCCAUGCUCAAGCAGGGCUACAUCAGGAAGGAGUGUGUGCAGCACUACAACGAGAUCAAAAACAUCAGCAUCUGCGAGUUCCUGCCUCCUCACCUGUCCAUCUACAUCGACCUGCCGGCUGCGGAGGUGCAGAAGAAGCUGAAACAGAGCGGAAAGUCGUACCUGCAGAACGUUCCUCUGGAGUAUCUGAAGGCCAUCGAGGAUUCCUACAAGAAGUCUUUUCUUCCCAAUAUCAGAGAAACGUCGGAGCUGCUGGCCUACGAUGCGACCCAGGCUCAGGACGUAGAGAAGGUGGUGGAGGACAUCGAGUAUCUGAAGUUUGACAAGGGGCCGUGGUUGGAUCAGGACGACAUCACCUACCACCACAUGAGGAUGCUCGUGGAGGACAAACAGGCGGUGGCCACGCUGACCCACAUCCCCCACUUCCUGCCAGAGAUCACCGUCGGAGCCCACGAAUACGACCAGAAAUACUACACCUACAAAGCUCUGCCUGGGCACACGUACGCUGCUGGUUAUAAUGAAGAUGCUGGAGACAAACACGUCUGGCUGAAGUAAACUCGCCCUGUUGUACAUCCUGAAAAGUAGAUAUGUAUUAAAAUGAAACUUUUUGAAUCUAAA